CGCAAUCAAAGGCAAGCCGCUAGCCGAACAACUGAAAGGGAAGACAGACGACGGCAAAUCGAUUCUCUUCCCCGAAGAAUCCUACAAGGAUUUCGAAGAGGAGUUGUUCUGCAGUUAAAUUUGGGCUCUCCGCUACGGGUUUAGGGUCGAGUUUCGUAUGAGUCUAUGGACGUGUCGGACGCGGCGGCGGGCAAGGUGAUCCUGGUGGGCACGACGAGUUUGUUCGCUCUGCUCGUGUUCUGGGUCAACACUUAUCCUUUCAUCGACGACGAUCUCAGCAUCUACAGCCUGAUCCCAAACCCACAGUGGUGCCUCCUGUUUUGCGCACUUUGGGGGCUUCUCUUCGUCGGGGGACUCAUGUCGUUCACGCUAUACCACAUACACCCCUACCUUUAAACCUUGCCUUUAAAACCGCCCCUAAAACUCCCGCGUACUAUACAUUCGUACUAAAUAUCUUUGGUGAGACUAAAUUGAAAUCAUCAAAUACCUAUCUAAACGUCCUCUAUAAAACUGCUAUAACUUUUAAUCUAUGCCAAAGUAAGUUAAAAUCUCCAACGGAAUCUAAAUCUCAGUCUACAAUCAGAAAAUAUACAAUCAUGGCCCAAAAAAUAGAUAAGAAGGACGAAUGGAUCAUAAUUGGAGUGUCAGGCGUGACGUGUGGUGGGAAGACAACCCUGGCUAAUAAAUUAAAAGGGAUUCUGACACCCGUUCAUAUAUUCCACCAAGACAAAUAUUUUUACCCGGAUGACAGUCCGAAGCACGUCAAAUGCGAAGGGCUGGCACACCCCCACAAUAACUAUGACAUUCUGUCAUCUCUGGACAUGGACAAGAUGUAUGCAGAUGUGCUGAAAACAAUUAGCGGGGAAGAUAUGUCCCACCAGUCCAGCCAGGAGAGAAAGGCGGGACAAAUUGAAGCUAAGAACAAAAAGUUCUUGAUCAUCGAAGGGUUCACUGUGUUGAAUUUCAAACCUUUGUUGGAGCUUUGCGAUCUGAGGUACUACUUCGUGCUGGAAUACGGCGAGUGCGCGGCGCGGCGCUGCUGGCGUCUGUACGACCCGCCCGACGUGGCCGGCUACUUCGACGGCUGCGUGUGGCCCGAGCAUCUGAAGUACCGCGCCGAGAUAGAAAAAGACAAGCGAGUGGUCCUACUAGACGGCACGAGACCCGAUGCUCUCGAAAUGGUGGUAGCUGACCUCAAGGCACUAGGUGCCUCAGACGUCCCGUAGUCAAUUAUAAAGUUUAGGUGUAGCUUGUGCCCGCGGCUUCACUUGUUAAACGCGGAUAUUAAGGUGAAAAGUCUUGUGCUGUUAGUUGAUUUUAAUAUGAUCCAAUUUGGCGAAACUGCGAAACAAAAUGGCGGACGGAGCUUCAUUUGAAGGUGGGUACUUUCAAAUUUCCAACACUGUUUUUUUUUUCACUUAUAAAGCCGAUUAUUACUAGUAGGUAAUCCAUUUUCUAUCUUACAAUCAAUAAAAUCAAAUCAAUUAUAUAUUUUAAUUAAAACAACCCACCUUAAAAAUUGUUUUUAAAAGUAAGGAAAAUUAUUUCUAAAUCCAUUAAUAAGAUACUGCCUUUGUCGGCCUUAGAAUAAAUGUGAUUUGCAAGCAAUAUUACCUAUAAAUUAUAAUAAGCACUUUUUACAUUGUUUUAAAAUCAAACGUUUAUAAAAAUAACAUCCUUUUGAUAAAAAAUAAUACUAAUAAAUUAUGAAUUAAAAAAUCACAUCACACACACAAAAGAAAAGCUAUCUUGUUACUAUUUUUAUAAGCACUUUUCUUAUAGUUAGCAAAUUGUAUGAGUUGUAUCGUGCUACGAGAGGUGAUUAGAGUGAACGAACAAUAUUUUUAAUUUUAUUGGUUGUAUUAUAAUGUUUUUGACGUUAUAUUGGGUAUUAUUGAUCCUGCAACGGAGAUAACAGCUAUUUACUUAAAGUAGAAGAAGUGUAAACUGUUUGUACUAAACUAUAAAUAAAUGUUAUUAUUGUUCGCAAAUUAUGCCUUAUUCUCGUUUACACGUCAUUUUCCAUACUGAUAGCCAGAUAAUUUAUUUAUAUGAUUUUUAAACUGUUGCAUUUAAAGCCACAAUCCCUAAAGCAAUAAAUUGUGUUCAUUUACAAUCUUACACAGAUAUGUAUUUGCAUUGUUAGAAAUUAAAUUCUACUCUGUUUCAAAAUACAAAACUUUUAUAAUGUAGCAUCACUGUGUUUGGGGUUGCCACAAGUAAUAUUUUGUAUCUAAAUGGUAGUUAUUUAGCAUUUGUGCGUGGGUAGGGUGUGUUGUUGAAUUUAUAGUUGUAUAAAAGUGUAUAUUUUUGCUAUUAGACGAUUGUAUGCCGUAGCGUCACACCACAAAUGUGCUUCUAUAAACUUUGUUA